UAUUCUAAAAGCAAAUUGACAUGUGUCCUGCCCUGUCCUGUCCUGAUGAUGGCUUCCAACCGGAGGCCUGCUUUGUCUUUGUUGUAAAGGAAUAUUUGCUAGGAUUAGAAAGGUGUUACAGAUGGGGUAGCACCAAACAGAGACCUUCUCCAUGUUUGAAAGGAAGUCAAAGAGGGAAUCACUGCCUUCCUAUGUGCUCUACACCUCCCCAAAACCAUCUCCCAGGCCUCCCAGGGAUGCCCCGGUGGUGUUGGUGGCUGCUGCCUGGUCUGACAGUCAGCCAUGGCGUAUACCUACCCUUCCCCACAGAGACAUUCUGUCUCCAGACAGCCAGAGACGCUCCAGAAUGGAGGUCCUGAGGGAGAAGGUGGAGGAGGAGGAGGAGGCAGAGCGGGAGGAGGCGGCCGAGCGGGCUGAAUGGGCGAGGACCGAGAAAAUGAUGAGGCCAGUUGAGGUGCGGAAGGAGGAAACCACCCUGACACAGGAGAUGCUCAGAGACCUGGAGAAGAAGCUGUCGGAGAUCCAGAUCCCCAUCUCAGCAGACCUCCCGGCCUUUACCAAGGACACUAUUGACAUCUCCAAGCUGCCUGUUUCCUACAAAACCAACACACCCAAGGAGGAACACCUGCUGCAGGUGGCAGACAACUUUUCCCGCCAGUACAGCCAUCUGUGCCCGGAUCGCGUGCCCCUCUUCCUGCACCCCCUGAACGAGUGUGAAGUGCCUAAGUUCGUGAGCACAACCCUCCGGCCCACACUGAUGCCCUACCCCGAGCUCUACAACUGGGACAGCUGUGCCCAGUUUGUCUCUGACUUCCUCACCAUGGUGCCCCUGCCUGACCCCCUCAAGCCGCCCUCGCACCUGUACUCCUCGACCACUGUGCUCAAGUACCAGAAGGGGAACUGCUUUGACUUCAGCACGCUGCUCUGCUCCAUGCUCAUUGGCUCCGGCUAUGAUGCUUACUGCGUCAACGGCUACGGCUCGCUGGACCUGUGCCAUAUGGACCUGACGCGGGAGGUGUGCCCACUCACUGUGAAGCCCAAGGAGACCGUCCAGAGGGAGGAAAAGGUUCUGCCUAAGAAAUACACCAUCAGACCCCCCAGGGACCUGUGCAGCAGGUUUGAGCAGGAGCAAGAGGUAAAGAAGCAGCAGGAGAUCAGAGCCCAGGAGAAGCAGCAGCUGAGGGAGGAGGAGGAGCGCCUCAUGGUGGGUCCUCAGCCUCAAACCCCUGGGUUCAGCUAUCGAGAAAUGACUGCUAGGGAUGGGAAAAGAGGCACAAGUCAUGGAAGGGAUGUGUGUAUGGACCCCCCAACUAGGUCCACCUCACAAUCACCCGCGACCUCUACCCGGCCCUGCAGGAAUCUCCCACUGGUGGUCAGCCAGCUUCUCAUGAUGGACUUCUAACAUCAGGGCACUGUACUGCCUAGGGUAGCCCAUUCUAUGCUAGGCAGCUCUGGUGUCCUCUUUGCUUUAGACUCUUACAGGGGAUAUACCUGCAUACACUCUCCCAUCCAUUCAUCCUCCUAUCUCUCCUCCCAUCCUUCC